AUGGCUUUAGAUUUACUGCAAGUGUCGCCGCCAGGGCCAUCGUACAUCUGUCUUGGUGGGUUUACAGUAUUGUUCUCGUUGGUGUCCCUCCUAAUCAAAGAGAAGCUUUAUGUCAAUGAAGUCGUCCUAGGAACCGUUUUCGGGAUUAUCAUUGGUCCUUUCGUCACAAAUAUUUUCGCACCUCGUUCGUGGGGUUCCUUGAAUAAUACCAUAACACUAGAGGUCAUGCGCAUUGUCCUCGUAAUCGGCUUGUUCGCAGCUGGAGUCGAAUUACCAUGUGCAUAUAUGAAAAAGCAUGCCAAGAGCUUACUCGCAAUGGUUGUGCCCACCAUGGCGUUUGGCUGGGUUGUGGUGGCUGCGGUCAUUCACGCGUUGUUCCCGAAACUCGAUUACAUCUCGGCUCUUUGCAUCGCUGCUUGUUUGACCCCUACGGACCCGGUGACAUGUGCUGCCAUCACGCAUGGCAAUUUUGCCAAGAAACAUGUUCCCGAGGAUAUUCGCCACAUCCUGCUGGCCGAGGCCGCAGCCAAUGACGGCCUUGCCUACCCUUUUCUUUCAAUAUCUAUAUACCUCACCAUGGAGACGUCAGUUCGAACUGCUAUUGGCAAGUGGUUUUUGGUGGGAUGGCUAUACCAGGUCAUCCUUGGCACCGUUUUAGGAGCCGUUGUAGGAUUUAUAUUCUCCAAACUCAUGAAUGUAUCCCAUAAACAGGGCUUUAUAAAUCACGGAUCUUACAUCGCCCAGUACCUGGCACUCCCCAUCUUUACUAUGGGAAUUGCGAGCACCAUUGGCGCGGAUGAUCUUCUUGCAGCAUUUGCAGCAGGCUGUGCAAUAUCCUGGGAUGGGCACUUUCAUAAACAGACAGAAGAUGACGCUUUCUCCUCUGUCAUAGAUUAUGUCUUGAACUGUUGCUGUUUCAUUUACAUCGGCGCUUGGCUACCUUUUUACGCCUAUGAUUCUCCCGAGUAUGGCAUCACCCCGUGGAAGCUUGUUCUUCUUGUGAUUGCUACUAUGGUCUUGAGGCGAAUUCCAUUCUUACUGGCGGUAUACAAACUUGUUCCCGAGAUUAAGUGCUGGCAGGAAGCUCUAUUCUCUGGCCACUUCGGUCCAAUGGGAGUUAGCGCAGUCUUCGUGUCUGCCCUAGCGCUCACGCGUUUGCCUACUCCAGAGAACCCGCCUGCAGACCAAGCACAGUACCUCGCCGCAACUAUUCAACCUAUUGUGUCCUUUGUCGUCCUUGGUUCUAUCAUCAUUCAUGGCUUGUCAAUUCCGUUCUUCAAUGUUGGUCGUAUCGCGCGCUCUCGCACGACUUCGUUAAGCAAGACGUCGUCCGACCAUACUCAUGUUGCGGACCCGAUAUGUUAGGUGGUCUGGCUGCCUGAUUUUGUUUCUUGUGUUUGUACAUAGACAGCAUCCAUGACGAGUCUUGACGUAAAUUUUGACAUUUACCAUAUGCAAUAGAUUAUAACCUGGCAGCU